AUGAGAAAGGCAUCAGACGGUCAUGACGACUAUCGCUACCCAAGGAAGACCCAGUAUCGAGCUCCUAAUUACGAGCCUGUGAUCAAUGAGUUUUCCACGGCAAAGCUUCAGCCAUUCAAAGAGGGCUGGAAAAGUCGCCAUCACUCCGACCGGAUUGGAAAUAAUUACUGUCCGAAAGCGCGCGAUCUCAAAGUUCGAGCAAUAAAACAUCGUCCAGAUCCAAAAGUGAGCACUUUGUCGCACAAGAAACUAAACGAAGAGUAUGAAGCACGACCGGAGGCGCCACCUUCAAGACCAAUGUCACCAAUGGAGCAGCGGCGAAAGGCUCCUGCUCGGUUUCUUGACUCCACAAGUUCUGAUUUGGAACGAAUGAAAGUUCUGAAGCGGAAGAUUCCAACAAACGAUCUUGAACCUUUGCAUGAGAAAUCGUUCCAAACUAUUUUGGAGAAAUCGAAUCUUCGCGGGCGCUAUGAAUGGAGCAGCCAAAAGCGAUACAACGUUAAUUUACUCAAAAGAAAUGAUCCCGACGCCGUGAGAGAUAUAAUGGAGCUAUUCAAUUGCGUUGCAGCGUUAAUGUCAUCUCAAGUUCGCCAGCUUGUAAAAGACUCACUCACUCGCAUCGUCGAAUUCAUCGAAGUGCAUAAAGACCCCGCCGUUUUAAAAAAGGCGCAUAACUAUGAUCUUUUGGAAUACAUUCAGAAAAAGCCAGUUUUGAAUCUGAAACUUGUGGCAAACGACUCUCCCCAGCCUGCUUUCUCGCCGAGUCUCGAGACAACAAAAGAAAUGCUCGGAACAUGCUUCGAGUACAUCAUCGAAUCUGGCAGCGGGCUCAACAGACUAGAGCUUUUGCUGUUUCCUGAGCACAUUGAUCAGUUGCAGACGCAGAAUCUAUUCCCAGUUUUGCCCUCAGAAGAUUGGGUUGUCUCUCUUCUCGCAAGAGCUGAUUACGUCGUCAGCCAGCAUGUUCCGAAUGCGGAAACGUUUUUGGAAGUGUACUCUCCCUUUGAUUCUAUUCUUUCAGGGAGUGAAUUGGAAGCAGUGAGUACUUUUAUUUUCGAGUCGAGUGACAGAGAGUGUGAAGACAUCGCCGCCAGAAUAAUGAAACUGAGAGCUGUUUUAAAUCAAAUAAAUGGGCUCUAUCCGAAUUGUCAACUUGGAAUUUUCUUCCUUGAUUGCACGCAGAUCAAUUCUGAGCUUGUAGAGCUCGUUAAAGACCUUGAAAAUCGAAUCGUAGAAGAUCAAGUGCAGAAAAACCGCCAAUUGAAUCGGCAAAUCAAUCGCGAGUACGAAGAAAUCGGGCGUAAACUAGCCCGAGAGCCGGAAGACACCGAGCAACUUGUGAACACGAUGAAUUACUUGCGCGAAGUCGUCAAAAGUAAAAAAGAUGCUCUUUCAGCCCGCGUUCAAAAAGCGGGGAUUCGCCUCGGAUUCCUGAUCGAGUUCGCAACAUUAGAAGACGAAGACUACCGAAUCAACUACAACGUGCUUUCACAGCCCGAGCAUUUGCGAAAUGUGCUCGAUUUUAACGAAGAAAAAUUCGCUGUGAAAAAAGUGGCAGCGGAAAACACAGUCCGUAAAAAAUCGAAAGAGAUCGAAGUUGAGCUUGAGCGAAUAUCCAAAGCGAUCGAAAAAUUCAACAUGGAGGAGACGAAUUCGAGUGAGGAAACAAAACGAUUUGUAGAGGUUUUGUCUACGUUGAGGGUCGAUUUGGAUAGAGUAGGCGAACGAAUUGAACAUUUGAACUUUGAAGAGCGGCUAUUGGAGCGAGAAGAGUCUGUUUUUGAGGCACACCCAGAUGGAAUUCGGGAAAUGCAUCCAUUCCAGCAACUUUGGGAAACAGUAAAUGACUGGAAUAUCAAAAGCGAAAACUGGCUUAAUGGAACAUUUCGAAAAUUACAAGUCGAAGAGAUGGCCGAGGACAUCAGCAACAUGUGGAGGCUUCUUUUCAAGCUUUCGAAAGUAUUUUCAGACACUCCCGCUCCACGAAGAAUGGCAGAUACUGUUCGAACAAAGAUCGACAAGUUCAAGCGCGAUUUGCCGAUCAUUCAAGCUCUUGGAGCAAAUGGAAUGCGGCCGCGGCACUGGGACCGCGUCGAAGUCGUUGUAGGAACUGACAUUCGCCCCGACGAAGACACAACUCUUUUACAAAUGCUUGAAUUCAAUCUUGGGCAGCACUUACCGAAGCUCGAAGAGAUCGCUGUCUCUGCUGCCAAGGAAUAUGCUCUGGAGAAAACCCUGAAUAAGAUGAAGGAAGACUGGCAGGAGAUGAAAUUCACGCUUUUGCCUUAUCGUGACACGGACGUUUCUAUUCUCUCGUCGCUCGAUGAUAUUUUCAUUCUUUUGGAUGAUCAUAUUCUGAAAGCGAUGACAAUGAGAGGCUCAGUCUAUCUCAAGUAUUUCGAGAAAAGUUUCCAGGCGUGGGACGACAAACUUAUACUCAUGCAAGAUGUCCUCGAUGUUUGGCUUAAAGUACAAGCUGCGUGGCUCUAUCUGGAGCCGAUUUUUAGUUCCGAAGAUAUAAUGGCUCAAAUGCCGGAAGAAGGACGUCGCUUUACUAUUGUCGAUGGAACUUGGAAAGAGUGCAUGGCAGCAACGGCAGAGGAUCCUUCUGUUUUAGUUGCCACUGAUCAACCUGGAUUGCUUGGUCGACUUCGGGAAGCUUUAGAACUACUUGAGCUCAUUCAAAAGGGUCUCAAUGAUUAUCUCGAAGAAAAACGUCUCUUCUUCAAUCGAUUUUUCUUUCUUUCCAAUGAUGAGCUUUUGGAAAUUCUUUCGGAGACGAAAGACCCAACUCGAGUUCAGCCGCACCUGAAAAAGUGCUUUGAAGGUAUCGCCAAGCUCAAUUUUAAUGCGAAACUAGAAAUACUCGCCAUGAUCUCGAGCGAGAAAGAAGAGGUUCCCUUUGAUGAGAAGAUAGACCCAGCUCUAGCAAGAGGAAUGGUCGAAAAGUGGCUUCUACAGGUCGAAGAGUCUAUGUUGAAAAAUAUCCGUCGAGUAAGUCUUGCUGGGACGGAUGAUUAUGCUUUUACGAAACGAGCGGAGUGGGUUCAAAAGUGGCCUGGACAAGUCGUUCUUUCUGGAUCUCAAGUUUUCUGGACGUCGGAGGCCGAAGAAGCAAUCAAAAACGGAUCACUGAAGACGUAUUGUCAGAAACUAACAGAUCAAAUCGGCGAUAUAGUUUUACUCGUUCGCAGUAAACUUCCGACCGGUAUAAGAACUUCCCUCUCUGCUUUGACAGUAUUGGACGUUCAUGCAAGAGACGUGAUCAAAGAGCUUGCUGAGGAAAAUAUCUCCAAUGUGAAUGAUUUCGACUGGUUGAAACAAGUUCGCUACUACAUCAACAAGGAUGGCGAACAAGACGAAGUUUACGUCCACUUGAUUAACACCGAGUAUCCCUAUGGCUACGAAUACCUCGGAAAUUCACCACGACUGGUCAUUACACCACUCACAGACAGAUGCUAUCGAACACUGAUGGGAGCUCUCAAACUCAAUUUGGGAGGUGCUCCUGAGGGACCAGCCGGAACUGGUAAAACUGAAACAACAAAAGAUCUAGCAAAAGCAUUAGCAAAGCAGUGCGUCGUUUUUAACUGCUCGGAUGGGCUGGACUACAAGGCAAUGGGAAAGUUUUUCAAAGGCUUGGCUGCUUGUGGGGCUUGGGCCUGUUUUGACGAGUUCAACCGAAUUGAAAUAGAAGUGCUUUCGGUCGUGGCGCAGCAGAUUCUUUGCAUUCAGAAAGCAGUAGGCGAAGGAAAGACGAGGUUUAAUUUUGAGGGAACCGAUUUGAACUUGAAUGCGCAAUGCGCUGUUUUCAUAACAAUGAAUCCGGGAUAUGCUGGCCGCUCUGAACUGCCAGAUAACCUCAAGGUUCUGUUUAGACCAGUUGCGAUGAUGGUUCCAGAUUACGGAAUGAUCGGUGAAAUUUCCCUCUAUUCGAUGGGAUUUGGAAACUCAAGAUCUCUUGCUCAGAAAAUCGUGGCUACUUACAAACUCUGCUCGGAACAGCUGUCCUCCCAGCACCACUACGAUUACGGUAUGCGAGCUGUAAAAUCGGUUUUAACAGCAGCUGGAAAUCUUAAACUUCAACAGCCAGAGGAAGAUGAGAGUAUUCUUAUGCUUAGGGCAAUUAUUGAUGUCAACUUGCCCAAGUUCUUGGCUCAAGACGUUCCACUGUUCAAUGGAAUCGUUUCCGAUCUAUUCCCAGGAACAGAGCUUCCGCAGCCCGAUUACAUAACGCUCAACGCAACUAUUGAAAAAGUAAUGAGAGCACGUAAUCUUGAUCCCACGGACUGGGUGAAAACUAAAAUCCAGCAAAUUUACGAAAUGAUGAUUGUUCGGCAUGGUUUUAUGAUCGUCGGUGCUACCAUGGGAGGCAAAACAGUCAACUAUUCUUGCCUUGCCGAAGCGCUUACAAUCAUGUCUGAAGACAGCGAGGAAAUUCUACCGAUCGAGUACAGAGUCAUCAAUCCGAAGUCAAUUACAAUGAACCAGCUUUAUGGUUCUUUCGAUCCCGUUUCCCAUGAGUGGUCAGACGGUGUCCUGGCAAUAAAUUACCGAGAGCAAGCGAAUCUCUGUGGCACAAAAAACGCGCGGCAGUGGUUGAUCUUCGACGGACCAGUAGAUGCUGUUUGGAUUGAAAACAUGAACACUGUCCUUGAUGACAACAAAAAACUCUGUCUAAUGUCGGGAGAGAUAAUUCAGAUGGGCUCAACUAUGAGCAUGAUUUUCGAACCGGCGGAUCUGGAGCAGGCCUCACCUGCCACUGUAUCUCGUUGUGGAAUGAUAUAUCUUGAACCUUAUCAGCUCGGCUGGAAACCACUCGUCAAGUGUUUUAUGAGCACAUUGCCAAGUGGAAUUCAAGAGUCGGAGAAAGAAAUGUUGAUGGACAUGUUUAACUGGCUCUUUACGCCUUGCUUAGAGUUCUUGGGAAAGCAGAAAUUUAUGAUGUCAUCCGGUGGCCAGCACAUGACAAGCGCGUUUUUGAAAUUAUUUGAUGCGAAUCUGGAUGAAUGGAGAUCGGGAGACGAGCUUAGCCUUGUUCAGGCAUCCAACUGGCUCAUUGGUUUAUUUCAAUUUUCACUGAUCUGGUCAUUUGGAGCAACAUUGAGCGAAGAAGGCAGAGAACAAUUCAACCGUUUCUUGCGUCCGCUCCUCUCUGGAAUGAAGGACGAGCACCCUCGGCCAAAGACAAUCAAAAUGAACAAACUUGUUGCUAUUCCAGAAAAAGGACUGGUUCACGAUUAUUGCUUCCUGAAAAAAGCAAACGGGCAGUGGGAGAGUUGGAGGAAUCUUAUUGAAGCCGUGGAGUUCCCUGCUUCUAUCUCCGCAAGAGAAAUGAUCAUUCCAAAUGCAACCACGGUACAGCAAAACUAUUUCUUAAAUACACUCGUCCAAGGUCGACAGUUGCCACUACUUUUUGUUGGCCCGACAGGAACAGGCAAAACCGCUCUUACUCAAACCUGGUUGAUGAAAGCAUCGAAGACAGAAGGUUCAGUUGGAUACUUGCCACUAAUUGUCAAUUUCUCGGCGAGAACAACAGCACACCAAACUCAAGAUGCAAUUAUGGUGAAAAUGGACCGGAGGCGGAAAGGAAUUUACGGACCUCCAGUUGGAAAACGAUGCCUUGUCUUUGUCGAUGACUUGAGUUUGCCUCAAAAGGAAACAUACGGUGCAAAAGGACCGAUUGAGCUGCUGAGAACAUGGCUUGACUUGGACUUUUUCUACGAUCUGAAAGAUAUGACCAAAUUCCAGCUGCAAGAUGUUCAAUUCUUGGCAGCGAUGGGCCCACCAUCCAGUGGAAACACCGUAGAUGACAGGAUGGCUCGCCACAUGAACAUUAUCUCUCUCCCUGAGCUAUCCGAUGAAGCCAUGAGUCACAUUUUCUCCACUAUCACGUCAAUCCACAUGAAACGCAACAACUACGAUGCUUCUUUCCAGCGAAUUGGUCUCCAGGCUGUCCAAGCAACUUUAAAUCUCUUCACUCAAGCAACCAAGACGUUUUUGCCAACUCCAACUAAAUCUCAUUACAUUUUCAAUCUCCGCGAUUUUAGCAGGGUAACUCUCGGUUGUCUCCAAACUCCACCAUCGCAGCUCGACUCGCCAGAAAAAUUUAUCCGUCUCUGGGUUCACGAAAGUAAUCGGGUGUUCGCUGAUCGUCUGGUGGACGCCGAUGAUCAAAGAUUAUUCUUCGAAAUCAUCAAAUCUGCAACGAAUGAUGCAUUCAAAGUUCCUUUAGAAAAACUUCUUUCGCAUCUCUCGGCUAAUUCCGCCUCUUUGGAGCCAGAUCACGUGCGCUCACUUUUCUUCGGAGACUUUGCUGGCGAGUCCAAGGUCUACAACGAGAUUUCCGACAUGACAACUCUCAAAACGACAGUCGAGGGCUUCCUUGAGGAAUACAAUCAAAUUUCCACCGCACCUAUGUCGCUGGUCAUGUUUCGUUUCGCGAUCGAGCAUAUUUCUAGAGUCUGCCGAGUUUUAGCGCAGCCAGGCGGCAUGCUCUCCUCAUCGGAGUUGGUGGCUCAGGGCGAAACUCUGCUGCAAAACUCGCCACCUUCAUGA